UUUGGUUAGAGCGGAGCUUCCGUGAAGGCUGACCAGCUUCCGGCCAUGGAGGUGGAGGGAGCGGGAACGCGGGGCGAUGUCGACUCUCUGCCCCGCGGGGGCUUUCGGUGCCGGCUCUGUCACGUGACGGUAGCCAACAAACCCAGCCUGGAUGAUCAUCUGCGCGGGAAGAAACACCAGCGCCUGGAAAACCUUCGUAGCGUCCGCCAGUCUCAGGAGCUCCGCAGUGUUUUUGUUAGUGGCUUCCACAAAGGGACAACGGCUUUGGAGCUGAGCAACUAUUUCCAGACCUAUGGGAAGGUGCUCAAUGUGGUGAUGGAUAAAGAUAAGGGGGUCUAUGCAAUUGUGGAACUGCAGGAUGAGGAGAUUCUCCAGAAAGUAUUGUCACAGCCCCAACAUAGUCUGGGGGGCCAGAAACUGCGGGUCAAGCCUCGAGAGAAGAAAGAUUUCAGAUACACCCCCCCGAGGAAACAAGGGGCAGCCAGGAGGGAGCAGCUGAGCCCCGAGAAGCUGGCACAGAAUCUGUGCCAGGUGGAUGAUGUGGAUGCCCAGAUGUCCCUAGUUGUGCAACUCUUUGAAUUUUCCGAGACUGAGCGGCGUCUUCGAGACUUGGUGGUCAAGCUUUUCCAGGAGGUGUUCUCCGAAUUCUUCCCAGAAUCGGCCAUCCUUCCCUUCGGUUCUUCCGUGAAUGGCUUCAGCAUCUCUGGAUGCGACCUGGAUUUGUUCCUGGACCUAGAGAAGACGAAAAGCUUCCAGGCGUCUGCCAGGGUUGCAGGCAAGCCACAGGCAGAGGAAGAAGCGUCUCCUGAAAUGGAAUCUCGGUCGGAAGAUUCGAUCUUGACUGAUAUUGACCUGGUCACAGCCACGGUGCCUGAAGUCCUGGAGCUGGUGGCCACUGUGCUACAGAAGUGUGUCCCCGGAGUCCAUCACGUCCAGGUGGUGUCCACUGCCCGCCGCCCAGUUGUCAAGUUUUGCCACAAGGAAUCCGGCUUGCGGGGUGACAUCUCCAUAAACAACAAGCUGGCCCUGUGCAACACACGCUUCCUGCAGUUUUGCACGGAAGCGGAUGAACGAGUGCGGCCUUUGGUCUACGCAGUGCGCUAUUGGGCAAAGCAGCAAGCUUUGGCAGGGAAUCCUUUUGGUGGGGGUCCCCUUUUCAAUAACUACGCCCUGACCUUGCUGGUGCUGUUCUUCCUGCAGACACGCAGCCCCCCCGUGUUACCAACGGUCGCGCAGCUGAAGGAUCUCUCAGAUGAUGGGGAACUGACCUUGGUGGAUGGUUGGGACUGCACUUUCCCUAAAGAUCCAGCCUCGCUGAAGCCCAGCGGGAACCCAGAGAGCCGUUGCUCCCUUCUGGCAGAGUUCUUUCACGUCUUCGAAAGCUGCAGUUUUGCCGGCUGUGCAAUCUCCCUCGGGGAGGGCCGCUCUUUGCCUCUCUCCGAUUUCCUGUUAUCCGAAGCAGGUAGGAAGUUCAAGGUGGGCCCCAUCAACCUCCAGGACCCUUUCGAGCUGAGCCACAACGUAGCAGCGAACGUCAACGAGAAGACAGCUCUGCUUUUCCAGCGCUGUUGCCACAACGCUGCAAAAUACUGCCGGAGCUUGCAAUACCAGCAUAAAUCCAGCAAGGGCAAGAUCUGGGGGCUGGUCCGGCUGUUCCAGCCCGGGGGCCCCCAAGCGGCUGAACGGCUUGUCAUCAGCCUCCCCUGGACGCCGGCGUCACAGUCUCUCUGUUCCCAUGAGCAGCUGCCCCAGAGUAGGGAUUUCCACCAGCUCUGGUUUCAGAGAGUGCGUGCAGGUGUCUCAUUUGUCCUGGAGCACGUCUUGAAAUGCAGCUGCUCAGAGAAACCACAAGGGCCCGGGGAAGAGUGGGAAGCCGCCGGGAGCGAUCAAGAGGAGGAACAACUGAGAACAAAAGCCGACCAAUGGUCAGUGGGUUCCAAACGUUCUCUAGACAUGGAAGAGGGAGGGGCAUCUCCUCCGGCUAAGAAACCCCGGGCUGAUACCUCCCUUCCCACCACGGAAAGCGUGAUCUGGAGCUGUACCGUCUGGCACCGUGUCUGGCUAGGAAGGCGCCGUGUCCGGCGACGGUUUUGCAGCCCGGAACCGGAUCCCAAACAGACAGUAGAUCCCCUGGAGCUGGAGGCAAAAGUAUCGGAGGCCAUUUCUCAACAGGAUGGGGAAACGAGGCCCGUUGACCCUCUGUUUCGAUUCACAGUUUGUGCCAGAACCCAGGAUGGUGGUUCCGGGGAACAAGAUACACAUGUCAGCCUGAGCUUCGCCCCGGUCCCUGAACAAGGGGCUGUUUUCCAAGAUUUUUUUCAUUUCCUGCAAGGUUUUCUGCCCCAAAUGGUAGAGCGGUACCUGACGACCAAGUCUUCAGGCCUACAUACUCCAGAAGGUAACCCUUCUCAAGGGAUAACAUUUGAGCUCCGCUAGACCAUGACAGAAUUUUGUAUUUA